AUGCGAACUACACAGCUGCUUCUGGCACAAAAAGAAGUUUUUCCGAAUUCGUUCAAGCGUGCCCAACGAGGCUUAUUCGGCGGAAAGCGUAUCCACUACGGAAACAGAGUUUCAGAAAACGAUAACAAGACUCGACGUCGAUGGUUACCUAAUGUUCAGAAAGCGAGAGUUUAUUCAGAGGCCUUUGGAACCUUUUUCAAAAUGAAAGUUACAACUGCAGCCUUGAGAACAAUUGACAAAAAGGGGGGACUAGAUCAAUAUCUUUUAAAUACUAAAGACAAAGAAUUAGGAAUGUUUGGUGUCCGUCUGAGAAACGAAUUGAAGGCAAAAUUAGCUGGGAAAUGGCCUGUUCGGCCAGAAACUGAGCCACAGCCUCAUGCAACUACUACCACUGUCCCAGGGAGAAUUACACUUUGGAAAAGGGUCUGGCCUAACAAAGAGAAAAUCGACAGGCCGACUGUUAAAAAGAAAAAGUAA